AUGGAAAUUACCUAUUUCAAAGGUUUCUUUGGGUUUGAAAGAUUUGAAGGAGACAUGAUGUUAUCCAAGCAACAAAUCGGAGCAGCAGAGCAAGGCCUGGAUCCAACUGAUUUAGGAGGAGCCCGUGGAUUGAAACGCUCCGCCCAGUGGCCUGGUGGAGUGGUUCCUUAUACCAUACAUUCGAGCGCGAGUGAGAAUCUCAUGUCUGUCACUUUUUAUUUUCAUCUUUUGUCCUCCCAUGACAUAAGAUUUCACCGAAUAUAAUUGCAAAAAUAGCCAUCACUUCGCUUAUUUUGUUUUUAAAAAAAGAUGAGAUAUGAAACGCGUUGUGUUCUUUAGUUGUGCAUUAAAAAUAUAACGGUUACUAGAUUAUUUUCUGGUCAGGCAAAACGGAAAAAAAACUAGCAUUUAUCUUGAUAUUUAUCUAGAGAAGUAUCUAUUUAAAAUAGUUCGUAACGCAUUUCCAAAUGAGAUCAUAAAAGAAUAUAUCACAUAGAGCUGUAUUUAUGAAAUGUUACUGAAUUAACAGUAGAGUAGUGACUUGUCAUCAAUUGUGUGAUGUUAACGAUUCUCUUAUCAACGAUUCAGAAAACAAAUUUCUUAAUGCAAUCGGAAUAAAGGGACCAACAGAGAAAGUAAUAUAUAGCGCCAUGAAAGAAUGGGAAGAGAAAACUUGCAUUCGAUUCGUACCCAGAACUACCCAGAAAGAUUACGUUGAGUUUUUCGCCGGAGAAGGGUAAGGUGCUAUUGUUGUUAAGUUUUUUUUUCGUUGUUAAUUUUCUUGUUUUAAACGAAUUGAACAACUAAAAAAAUUGAAUUUAAAUGAACUAUAAAAUCUAAAUUAGCAAUUUGAAAUCAGCUUAAUUCAGGUAUAGUCCAUAAUUAGUUGUUAAUGAUCCUGUUUGCCACUGUCGACCUUAAGCCGGUGUUUAAUGGAGAACAACGUUUUCCCUUAUUGAGGUGUUAGCUACAGUUGCAUGUCGAGAUUUUGGUUUAACUUGAAAGAGAUGAUAUAGAUACGAAAUUUUCGGCAAGGGAACGUACACUUCUCUCAGUUUUAUUAAAGACAUCUUUGAGGUGACCAGUUCAAUAUUACUAGCAAGUCCCCUUUUUUUUAUUGUUGAACUCCGUAAAUGCGUCUUGAUAAUGUGUUUCUCUCUCAUAUAGAUGCUGGUCGUAUGUCGGAAAUCUUAAAAACGGGAAACAGCAAAUUUCAAUCGGUAGUCUUUGUUACUUCCACGGCAUCGCGUUGCACGAGAUUGGUCAUGCUCUGGGUGGGUAUAAUGUCGUUUUCUAAAUAAAAAGUUACUCCAACUCCAAUAAUUAAGAGACGAGCUGAGUCGUGUAUUAGACCACAUGCCAAUGUUUAUGGAAUAUAUUAGCUGAAAAGGACCUGUCCAUGGAAUUAAUAAGGAUGGGCCCGGGGUAGGGAACAGGUUACAGGAGGUAGAAAAUAUCCCUUCGGGGAAAGGGAACAGCAAAACUCUGACCAAAACCUAUGAGCUGUAAGACGCUCUUAAAAGUUGAAUGGUCAUGCCUUAUUUCCUGCAGUGUAAUGGUAGAGAUCAUUUUUGCGAACUGCUAAUUGCGAAAUUAUUUAUCGAAUAUAUAAAUAAAUGUCUUUUGCAGGAUUCUGGCACGAACAGAGUCGCCCAAACCGAGACGAUUAUGUUGAAAUUGUUUGGGAUAAUAUCCAACCAGGUAAUUAGUGAGCCGAAUAUAAUGGGACACCUGUAUAGCUUGUAUCCAAUUGUUAUUUGCAUGUCGAUAUUCGGAACCUCGAGCUUUGUUUGUAUGUUUCUGUUAGCAAGGAUUUGAUAUUAGCACAGCAUUGCUUGAUGUGUUGACCAGGGUUUCCCUUUAUUCCGCGAACUGAUUAUCAAUCCAGUCCGCUCACUCGCUAAAAGGUGGCAAUUUUUAAAAUUUUUUUUUGCAGAGAACAAGCAUAACUUUAAUAAGUACGGUCACGGUUCGAUCGACAGCUUGGGUGUUCCGUAUGACUACGGAUCCAUAAUGCAUUACGGCAAGCGAGAUUUUGCUCGCUGGCCUUGGCAGACCACUAUAAGACCCAGGAAAUCUGGGGUGUCUAUUGGUCAGCGGAGUCAUCUCAGUCCACUGGAUGUUAAGCAAAUGAAUCUCUAUUAUAAAUGCAACACCAAAAAAUAAGUUCAGUCAGAUGUCUAUUCACCAUAUGAUGGAUGAACUUCGACCAAGGAGUG